CCACUGAUUCAUUGUUUUUGUCCAUUUUAAAAUCAGUUCAAUCAUGGUUUUGAAAGUAAAUUUAUUUUGCGACAAUGUUUACGGCAAACACGUCAGAAACAACAUGGCCGACGAACUGUCAAAAGAAGUUGAUUGGAAUGAAGAGUUAGAAACAGCGUUGCUACAAGAAUGCGAUUUUGGUUCCUUGAGAAACAUCUGUAAGGGGAGACCAGUUCCAGCUAAACACAGGCCAAAUGUCUGGCAGAUAUGCUUGCAAGUUCAAGACAAGGGAGACUCCUUGUCAUCGUUCGAUGGAUUUUUCGACCUGCCUGAACAGUCAACAAUUAGAGAAGAUUGCGCCCAGCUUGUUGAUAAACUUGGAAAUGAGGAAGAGGAGAAGGUUUCAGUGGUUGCGGAUCUUGAGUCCAUGAUAACAUACUUCUCCAAGUCGAGGGUAGAGUCCUAUUCCAGUGAUAACGGUUGGCUCAACAUUCUGCAGCCUCUGCUGGCUCUCAAGCUUGGCAAAUCGGAAACAUACAACUGUUUCUAUGCCUUGAUAAAUAAAUACAUUGCAAGGGAUUGCCAGAAAAAUGGGAAGCCGUUCCACCUGUUCCGCCUGUUACUGCAGUACCAUGACCCUGAGCUGUGUUCAUUCCUCGAUACCAAACGGAUCACACCAGAUGUGUAUGCACAAUCAUGGUUCCGGAGCCUGUUUGCAUCGGUGUGCGACCUAAAGGUAAUAUUGAAUAUGUGGGACGUCUACCUCCAGUCUUCUGACCCUUUCUUGUCUUUCUUCAUGGCUCUUGUUAUCCUCGUGAAUGCGCGAGAGCAGCUCUUGGAGGCCGAGGACAAGGACAAGCAGUUUAUUGUUGGACUGAUCACAUCAUUUCCUGCAUCGUUGGAGGCGGAAGACAUUGAGGAUUUCUGCUCCCUGGCACAGUAUUACGCUUCUAAGACCCCGCAGUCAUUCAGAAGGGACUUUGAGAGACCUUUAUUUGGCACGAGCCUGUCACAGUUGAAAUCUGGAGAUGAGGUUGGCCAACAGGUCUCCCAGAUGCUGUGUCUGCCUGUCAGCGUGAGCGAACUGCUUCAGUCAACUGAUCCAGCUGGGGGAGACAUGGUGCGGUAUUUUGUCGUGGAUUGUCGCCCAGCUGAGCAAUACAACAGUGGCCAUCUUCCCACUGCCAUGCAUCUUGACGCUAACCUGAUGUUGCUGAACCCGGAGGAGUUUAACACUGCAAUCAAAGCCCUGUUUUCAGCCCAGCAACAGGCCAUUCUAGCUGGAUCAGCCGCGGGCGGAGAGCACCUGUGUUUUAUGGGCAGUGGGAGAGAUGAGGAGGAUCAAUAUGUGAACAUGGUGGUGGCUAACUUUCUACAGAAACACCAGCAGUAUGUGAGCAUGGCCCGUGGCGGUUAUUCAGCCCUACACAGCAUGCUUGGCGAGAAGGUGAAUUCCGGUCUCGCGGACCAUAAUGGCAGAUCGUGUAUCGUGUGUGUGCCAGAAAUGGGGAGUACCAGUGAUGUUGAUAGUGGGGAGGAUAUAGCACACGCACAUAAGGUCAAACAUGCUGGUGACAGUGGGGAGUCAAUAUUUGGGCGACUCUCGAAUGUCAUGAAAAGCAAAGGGUCUGAAAUGAAAGAGAAGCUUGCCAACUACAUCAAAAAUGAUACCGAAACUGAAGAGCGCCAUGCCAGUAACACAGAUAAGCUGGGAAAACGCUACCGAAACAUGGCAUCUGUGUUUACCAUAGGCGAUGAGGAAGAGGGAGAGGAGGGAGAGUUUAAUGACCAGUCAGAUGAUGAGAGAAGAGAGAUAGUCAGCCUCGACACGUGGUUAAAGAAGCCGGACAUUAUCUACUCCUGUCAGUGCCGGGACCUUGAUAAUAAUGGCUUCCUGCAUCCAAGCUACUUUCUGGUCACAGAUACGCACCUGUAUAUUCUUCGAGAAAUCCCAAAGAAUAAAAGCAUGGCCAUGAUUCAAAGUCGACGAGCAUUGGGUACUAUAGUUAAAAUCACAUCCAAAAAACGUCACCCAGAUUUAAUCACAUUCUCCUAUGGAUCAAAUGAAGGAAGCGGUAUUAAAAUAACAAACAAGGACCGAUGCUUAAUCCCUACGGCCGGAGAAACAACUAAAAUUGUGAAACAACAGAUUAUGAAAGUGUUAGAUGCUUUAGAAAGCUAAUGCAAGCAGUAUGAGUUUUAAAUGUUUGCUUUAGUGAUAAUCACUUUAAGGUAAUCCAUCCCUCAUUAAUACAAAAAUUGCUAGUGGUAAAGUUUCAUUUUUAAAGCCAAAAUGUUCAAGCGAGAUUUUUUAUUUUAUUUUAUUUUUUUUUUAUUUUUUUUUAUUACCUCCCUUUAAUAUAUCAUAUCAUUAUAGUAGCAUCAUUAUGGUGUUAUUCAAAAAUGUAAUCUAUACACAAGCAAUUAAAUGGUUUAUCAAUGAAGUAUAGGAAUAAUCAAUGUUUAUAUAUAAAAAAACUCAUCUUUGCAUCCUAAUGAUAGAUGGCUUACCUUAAAAGUAAAACCAAGCACAAGUUGUACUUUUGCACACAUUUAUGUAAAGUAGAUAACUUCAGAAAACUUUUUUCUUGCCAUUGGUUAUUAAAUUGUUCUUUUGGUGUGAGAUUUUUAAAUAAUUCUUUUGAUAAUUUGAAGAACCUGUAAUAAAUAAGUAACACCUACGCUUUAAUUCUGGUAUUGUUUCUUAGCACAUGGAUAUACGCAAAUCUUAUGUUGUCUUGUAUUUAUAAGUGAUUUAUUGGAUGUUAUUAACACCCAUUUAAAAUUAUACUGCUUGAAAGGCACACAAUGUAUUAAGAUUAUAAGUUAAAAAGAAAAAUCUUUUUUUUAAAUUUUAAUGCAUUAUCGUGUUUAACUCAUUUGACUUAAUUGAUAAAAACAAUAAAAUGUUCAUGAUUUAGGUACAAAUAAAAAAAUAUUAAAGAUAUCUUCAAUUUAACUGCGAAAUUUAUGGCUAACUAGCUAUUUAUUAAAAAACCCCAUGUCAGUCAUAAGUCAGUGGGUGUACAAAUGAUACCACCAAUUGCCCAUAUGGCCUGGUCUUCAUUUGUGGAACUAUUUGGACCAGUUUGAAAAAAGAUACAGCCCAUAUCGAAAUGCCAUACAGCCCAGAUUGAAAGACGUUACAGCCUGAUUUAAUGACCAUAAAACCUAAACCUAAAGCCCAGAUCAUGGGUUUUAUUAUAUUUUGAUCAGGUAUUUAUUGUCUUUAAACCCAGUUUGUAUCUUCUUAAAGUCUGGGCCAUUGUGUCCGGCGAUACAGGCGAUCUGAACUGUAAUAUCAUGGAAGCAUGUUAUACCACUUUCAUCUGUAUCAUCUUUGAUGUAUCUGAAUUGAGCUGUAUCAUCGUCUAUUCAUUUUGUAUGUUUGUAAGGUGCAUGCUAUUUAUUAACAUAUGGCACAUUUUCCAUUUGUGAUAGUAUUUAUUUUCCGCUAAUUCCAAAUUUCCGCUUUUCCUCAUUUGUGACUUGGUUGUAACAGGGUUUAUAUUCUAUGACAUAUGCAUUUAAUUUAUGGUAUUUUAACACAUGUUAAAGCUGCACUCUCACAGAUAUACCAUUUUUACACCUUUUUUAUUUUUUGUCUUGGAACAAAUUUUUGCGUAAAUAUCUGGAAAACAAUGAUGUAAGAUCACUGACAAAAAAUCAGAUCGUAGAUUUUCAUAUUUCCGUUCGCAAAUUAAUGUUUUAUGUCUUAAACCGUUUACUAACGGUUUAAGAAAAAAGCAUAAAAGAUCAAUUUUUGAACUUAGAUAUAAAAAUCUGCGAUCUAUUUUUUUUGUCAGCAGUCUUAUAUAACAGGUUUCCACGGAUUUUCGCAAAAAUUGGCUCGUUCCAAGACAAAAAAUAAAAAAGUUUGCAAAACGUUCAAUCUGUGAAUGUGCAGCUUUAAACAUUGUAAUCUAUUGUACACUGUCUCCUUCAAAAGACGCCUGUAUAACAUGUCCUUAUAAGCAAUACAUCAAACGAAAAUACUCAUACAUGACUUCAAUGACAAAUUAUGGAAAAGUGCAUUAGAAAUAUUACUAAGGUGAAUAAAUUAAUUGCUAGUUUUUUAUCCCCGCCCUCCUCCUUUUAUGUCCCCCCUUAAAUGUUAUUGGCUCAAAUAAAAAUAUUGAACUGGGUUCUUGUUUUGUGUAUUUGUCCGGUACAAUACUAAAGAUUAUUCAUACCAGCUGGUGUCGAUAUAAACAUUCACAUGUAAAAAAGGAGAAUUGAUACAAUGGUGUUCAUGGUUUGUCAUGAAACAGUCAUCUAAAAAUAUAUCCCCCCCUCCCACACAUUUAAAUUUGGAUUACAAUCUAGCAAUUAAUUUAUAUUGGCCCAAAAUGAAUGCAGUUGAGUCAUUUGCUUUAAAGCUGCACUCUCACAGAUUGAACGUUUUGCCACCUUUUUUUAUUUUUUGUCUUGGAACAAGCCAAUUUUUUGUGUAAGACUGCCGACAAAAAAUUAGAUCACAGAUUUUUAUAUUUAAGUUAAAAAAAUUGAUGUUUUAUGCAUUUUUCUUAAACCGUUACUAAACGGUUAGUAACAGUUUAAGCCAUAAAACAUAAAUAUUUGCACAGAAAUAUGAAAAUCUACGAUUUGUUUUUUUGUCAGCAAUCUUAUAUCAUUGGUUUGCAGAUAUUUAAGCAAGAAUUUGCUGUUUCCAAGACAAAAAAUAAAAAAGUUGUAAAAAUGGUAUAUCUGUGAGAGUGCAACUUUAACAGUAUAAUGAUACACAAGUUACACUAUCUCUGUGGUUUAUGAUAUAAAUUGCUCUUAAAAUAGUAAAGAAGUCUUAGUAGUGCUGAUAUUAAUUGAAAACAGACUCUUGUAAGUAAACAAGUAAUUUAGAGUUUAUCGGUACUAGUUUUGUCGCCUGUUUUUAUCCUGUCCUGCCCCCUCUCCCGCUGACUUUAUAUAAUAUUUUGUAGAUUUAUUUUUGCAUUUACUUGACUAAUGUAUUUCACAUCUUUCAAUCUUGUUUCAUGACUUUAAUAUAACUAUUUAAUAAUUCAAUUGUUGAAUAUAUACUAUUGUUUAUUGUAAUUGUCCUCAUAAUGAUUAUUAUGCAUUUUGAGGGAAAUACAUACAUUUGUUGGAGUAUUUGUUUUAGAAAAGCUGUGUUCACAAUUAUCAAACAAACAAAACAAAUGUUAAACUCCAUAAGCAGAUCGGAAAUUGUUCAACUUUUUUUUUUUACAGAGAUAUCCUAAUAUUUAUAUAGGCUGAGCAUAUUCUGGACAAGGAUUACAGACUUAAUAGAAGAAUGGACAGUCAAAGUAAAAGAUUUAAUUACACAAUAUAAAUGAUUAUUCCUUGCAUUUUAGUGGUGAUAUAGUAUUAUAUAAGAGCUACUUUUUGCAUUCCCCAAACCGGUAAAUAUUCUUGAGUGAAUUGUCCUCAAUUUGACUCAUCCAAUGGUAUAAACCCUAUAUUAUUGUAUUUAUGUACUUGUAUGUUUUGUUUUAAAAUUGUUAAUUAUAAUUAUUAUUAUUAUGAUUGAUUGAUUGAAUAAAGUGCAAUCUAUUUA